CCCACCACUAUCAUAAUAUGAAAAUAGCACAUUGUAUAAAAUUAGAAAUUGGUAAGGAAAGUUUUUUCUUGUCAUAGAGGAUACAUUUCUACCUAAAAUGGUGGUUUCUAGCUGGAUGUUUGUUUGUUUUUGUUUCUUUUUAAUGAAGAUUGGGUCUCUGUGUAGAGUGACCCACUGCAAGAUAAUGAAAUGUUGUUCUAGGGAAGGACAGCUAUUUGUCCAUUUAGGAUAAUAACUUUCAAAGGGUGGUUAUAAUUAGGCUGGCCAUUUCCACUGCAAUUCACUUGCAGUUGGCUGCCCAACUGUUGCAAUUCCCAGCCUUAUUUACUUGGUUUAUUUCUUUGUUGUGGCUUCCCCUAAAAUAUAAAAUCCUGACUCCUUUCAGCAGUGGAACUCCAACCUGUCCAAGGACACUGUUCUGCUUUGAUAGACCAGGAAGUGAAAUGCAUGACUAUUUGAACCAAUAUCUGUGUUUCUGUACUGUUGUACAUGAGCCCCAUCACCACAGUACGUUGGUGCUUGGUGUGAUUUGUCAAGUUACUACACAGGUUUCCAGAGAGAUUAAUGUUUUGUUUAACCUGCAGUCUGAUCAUAUAUGAAAUUUAUCCCAGGUGUCAAGUGAGAUGGCAUUUUCCCCAUUUCCCAUCCCCUAGCCUCUACUUUCUACUCAGCUAUUAUUUCAAUAGUCAGCUAGGGGGACAAUGAAAACAAUGCUGACGUUUUAUUGAAUGUAUAUUCUUCAUUUAUAUCCCAGAGUGAAUUUCUUUCCCAUAGACACAACCUGUGAUGAACCCAGAACAGAGAAAUCAAACGUCCAUCACAGAAUUCAUCCUCCUGGGAUUCAGCACUCUCCCUGAACUGCAAAUUCUUCUUUUCCUGCUGUUUCUCGUGAUCUACAUUGUAACCAUGUCUGGGAACAUCCUCAUCGUGGUGCUUGUUGUGGCUGAUUGUCACCUUCACACCCCCAUGUAUUUCUUCCUUGUGAACUUGUCCUGCCUGGAGACCUGCUACACUUCAGCCAUCCUGCGCAGCAUGCUGGCCAGUCUCCUGAGUGGGGACAGAACAAUUUCAUUUAGUGGGUGUCUCACACAAUAUUAUUUCUUUGCUUCCCUGUUUGCAACAGAAUGCCUUCUCUUAUCGGUGAUGUCAUAUGAUCGGUAUUUAGCUAUAUGCAAUCCAAUGCACUAUGCUGCCCAUAUGAGCGGCAGGUCUUGCCUCCAGUUUAUAGGUGGCUCUUGGAUAGGUGGCUUCUUAUGUAGUGGCAUAAUAACAUUGCCGAUAUCCCAAUUAGCUUUCUGUGGUCCUAAUGGUAUUGACCAUUUCUUUUGUGAUCCUAUCCCCGUGAUAAACCUCUCCUGUAAUGAUCCUCAGCUGAUGGAAACAUUGGCUUUCACUCUCAGCUUGAUUUUCUUACUGGUCCCCUUCCUACUUACCUUGAUGUCCUACAUCUGCAUCAUUUCAACCAUCCUGAGAAUCCCUUCCACCAUUGGGAAGCAAAAGGCCUUUUCUACCUGCUCCUCCCACCUCAUUGUGGUGACCAUGUAUUAUGGAACUCUACUGAUUGUCUAUAUGUUCCCCACAACCAGCACACAGAGAGAUUUCAAGAAAAUUUUAUCUUUCUUCUACACUAUCUUGACUCCCCUGGUCAAUCCCCUCAUCUACAUCAAACUUUAUAAGUUGAUCCCGUUCCUACUUACCUUGAUGUCCUACAUCUGCAUCAUUUCAACCAUCCUGAGAAUCCCUUCCACCAUUGGGAAGCAAAAGACCUUUUCUACCUGCUCCUCCCACCUCAUUGUGGUGACCGUAUAUUAUGGAACUCUACUGAUUGUCUAUAUAUUCCCAACAACCAACACACUGAGAGACUUCAAGAAAGUUCUUUCUGUCUUCUACACUGUCCUGACUCCCCUGGUCAAUCCCAUCAUCUACAGCCUGAGAAACAAAGAGUUCAAGGAGGCCCUGAGGAAAGCUAGCAGGAAGUGCAGGUUUGGACAAUGCUAG